GCGAGCCCAAAUAAAUAAUUACAUUUGUUAUUUUUAUUUACUUAUUUAUGUUUUGGUUGAGAUCCAUUAGCAUAUGAAGGCGAAGAUCUGAGCGAUUGAAUGAAAACAAAAGGGAAAUUCACUGAUUUGUGUUGAAGAAGACAAGAAAUGGAAAGAAAGGUGACGUUUUUUUGGUAAAGAAUUUCAGCGAAACUCGCUAAUACAGAGUCACGAGCUCAUUCGAGUUUCGAUUGCUUCGAAGCUUUUGCUUUACCCAUUUAAUUUGCACAGACGCCUCAAAGUUUCAGACUUUCAGGUUGAGGUUGGUUAUAACAAUGGCUGCAGUAAUAAAAAAAUUCUUCAUCGCGUCGAUGUUUAUGUGGAUGACUCCCUUGGCAAUACUGUAUGGGUUUAAUAAUAAUUGGCUUCCUGGUUCAAGUGAGUUGUCUUCGUAUUCUGUGACACUAGUGAGUGGAUUCCUGGCUGUAAUAUCAGUGAAUGUAGUCAUUGCAUUUUACAUAUACAUGGCAAUGAAGGAACCUUCUGAUAAACACGAGCCUGAUCCUGCAUUUCUUGCUGAUGCUAAAGCAAGUAUUAAACAGCAGUCUGCUGUGGACAUUGACAAAUCUUCACAGUCCUCCAAGAAACAGGAGUAGUGAAUAGGGAUAUGUUUUUUUCAUAUGGAAACAUUCGAACCUGAAAUGUAGAUAAGAGGUUGCUAUAUAUUAUACAUUGAAUAUGAAGUCAUAUUGUAAGAGGUUGCUAUAUAUUAUACAUUGAAUAUGAAGUCAUAUUGUAAUUGAAUGUUCAUUCACUUUA